AUGGACCUUGCAGAUUAUCAACGAAAGAUGGAAUGUAUCCUCAAUGACCCCAGCAACUUCUUACGAGAAAAAGCAUGUGAUGACCCCAAAGAACUGGAACGGAAAAUUGCCUCUGAAGUUCAGUUUCUAUUAGAAGGACAUUUCAUCGAUUCGAACACCGCGCGGGACCUGAAGCCGAGAGGAACUCAGAUUCCCCAACUUUAUGGCCUACCGAAACUCCACAAGCCAGGUGUGCCACCCAGACCAAUUCUAUCCAUGACGAACUCACCCCAGCACAAAAUGGCGAAAUGGCUGGUUAAGGUGUUGGAACCAGUUCAUAAAUCGAUGGUCAAACAUAUAGUCAAAGACAGUUUUGAAUUGGUGGAUAUUUUGAACGAGAUCAACAUAGAAGGAAAACACAUGGCUUCCUUCGAUAUUCAAUCCCUGUUCCCUAACGUACCAGUUCGUGAAGUCAUACUAAUUAUCUGGGAUCAUGUAGAGAAAGAAAAUAUUCGACUGUGUCUACCGGUGUCCGUCCUUGAGCGUCUACUACUGCUCUGCACAACCGACGUGUCUUUCUCUUUUCAAGGGAAUGCGUACAGGCAAAUCGAUGGUGUCACUAUGGGCAGCCCGCUAGGCCCAGUCCUGGCAGACUUGUUCAUGGUACAUCUGGAAGAAAAAGGAACUAAUAUUUUGGGGUGCGCUAUCCUGUACAAAAGAUACGUCGACGACACUCUAGUUAUAACAGAAAGCUUAGAAGAAGCUACGUAA